AUGCGAGGGAUUACUUUGGGUUGCGAGGCUGACUCUGACGAUGACCUCUCACAGUGCGACGAGAAGAAGCCUAUUUGCACCAACUGUGAUAAUCACGGAGUUGAUUGCUCGUUCUCAACCGUCACCCCUACAAUACCAGCCUCCGAGUCACCGUCUGCAAACGCAAACAUCUCCGAAACGUCGCCUGAAGAACAACCGAAAACACGCUCUCGACGAUUCCAGCCUUAUCAGUACUCGACCGGAGGGGUGAAACAGACAUUCAAGCUGUCCAAACCAAAAGACCAAACGCAACCGCCGAUCCGGUCAACAGAAGCUGGAUCUAAGUUUAUCUCCUUGGCCGAUUUGCAGCUUUUCCAUAACUAUACUGUAGCAACCUACCGGACAAUUGUAGACGACGGUGACCAGUAUGGCAUUUGGCAGACUCAAAUCGUCCAAUGGGGUAUGGAGUUUCCCUCUAUUCUGCAUCUCAUUCUCGCCAUGUCUGCCCUCCAUCUUGCAUACAAUAACCCUGCAUCACGCGACAAAUACAUUCAACAGGCGGACGAGCAUUUUACAUUCGGAGUCCGGACGGUGACAAACAUUCUCUCUCAACUAGACGCCGAGAAUUGCCAAAAGAUCUAUAUCGCCGCGGUGCUGAUUUGCUUCAUCUAUUUUGGCCGUGGGCCAUGGCCCGGGGAGUACCUUAUCUUCAGCGACACCGGUGCUGCCGAGUGGCAGGUUCUUCUUCGUGGUGUGAAGCUGAUCCUCAUGUCCCACCACGCCAAGGUGUUCAGCGGAAUACUCGAGCCGAAAGGCGAGGAACCAGAACAUUCCCUAAGCGAUUCUAUGCGUGUUGAGCUUCAUGAGCAUACCAUCCACGUGGAAGCGUUGCGGCGUCUCGUCGAGCAAGAGAUCACAGACGAAGCUGAUCGCAGCAUGUGCACAGCGGCAAUAAAUGACCUGCUGGAAAUCAUGCGUGAGGUCUACACGAAAAGGUCGCAUGGGAACCCAGGCGUUGGUUUGAUGCAUUUGCUGAUCGGUUGGAUCUAUCGUCUACCUGGGGAGCUUGUGGGCCGGCUCGAGCAGAAAGAGUCGCGGGCUCUAGUUAUCUUAGCGCACUGGGUUGUUCUGUUGAAGUAUAUGGAUAGUGUCUGGUUUAUGCGCGGCUGGGCGGAGCAUGUAUUGAUGGGAAUAUCGGCGUCUCUUCAACCCGAAUAUCAAUAUUGGAUUGAGUGGCCUCUGCGGCGGGUGCAGCAGGCUGAUUAA